AUGGCUAAAAACGUUCUUGAUCAAGGUGUUGGUUAUGGAAUAGUCCUCGGAUUCGGAGCAUUCUUUGCCAUAGUAAUGUCACUUUUGACACUUGCACAAAAACGAUAUUUGAGUGAAUACCAGACAAGUGAAAUGUUUAUGACAGCACAUAGAUCAGUGAAAACGGGUUUAGUCGCCUCUGCUGUUGUUUCAUCAUGGACAUGGGCUGCUACCCUACUUCAAUCCUCCACAGUCGCUUAUAAAUAUGGUGUCUCUGGUCCAUUUUGGUAUGCGUCUGGUGCUACGGUCCAAGUUUUGCUUUUUGCGAUUUUGGCAAUAGAAUUGAAACGUAAAGCACCAAACGCACAUACAUUCUUGGAAAUUAUUAAUGCUCGAUAUGGGAAAGCUACGCAUAUAAUUUUCUUAUUCUUCGGUUUGGCCACUAAUAUGAUCGUAACCGCAAUGUUGUUGUUAGGUGGUUCUGCUGUAGUCCAUGCCAUUACAGGGAUGAAUGUUAUCGCGGCUUGUUUCUUAUUACCUUUGGGCGUCAUUGUCUACACACUAUUUGGCGGUCUAAAAGCAACUUUUCUUACGGAUUACGUCCACACAACUGUAAUUUUUAUCAUCAUUCUUUCAUUCGUAUUUACUGUCUACGCAUCAAACGAAACAAUUGGUUCUCCAACAAAAAUGUACGAGCUUUUAGAAGCUGCCGCGAAAAGCCGUCCAGUUAAAGAUAACCAAGACGGUUCUUAUGUGACAAUGCGCUCAUUGCAAGGUUUAAUUUUCGGUAUCAUAAAUAUUGUUGGAAAUUUCGGGACUGUGUUUGUCGAUAAUGCUUAUUGGCAACGUGCUAUCGCUGCGAGACCUUCGAGCACAGUAAAAGCUUACUUAAUUGGUGGGUUGGCUUGGUUUGCCAUUCCAUUUACGCUUGCUACAACAAUGGGUAUUGCUGGUGUUGCUCUGGAAGCGGCUCCAAAUUCAGGUUGGCAAAAUCUGACCGACGCGGAUGUUUCUGCCGGAUUGGUUGUUCCGAAUUCUGCAACUACUCUUUUGGGUAAAUCUGGCGCUUUUGCUGUAUUAGUAUUGGUGUUUAUGGCUGUAACGUCUGCUUUAUCUGCUGAACUUAUUGCAGUCUCCUCUAUAUUCACUUAUGAUAUCUUUCGCGCUUAUAUUCGUCCUGGUGCUAAUGGCAAACAAGUUAUUCACUUUUCACAUCUUUCUGUUGUCUGCUUUGGACUUUUCAUGGGUGUCCUUGCUGUGAUUCUUAACGCUAUCGGAGUAGAUCUGGGAUACAUGUAUUUGUUAAUGGGAAUUAUCUCAUCACCUGCUGUAGUACCAGUAGCAUACACAUUGACAUGGAAAAAGCAAACAAGCACUGCAGCAAUUGUAGCAGCUUUAUUCGGUGUCGUAGCUGGAAUUUCAUGUUGGUUAGGAACCGCUCAAGCAUUGCAUGAUGAAAUUUCUUUGAAAUCAACCGGCGAGAAUUAUCCAAUGUUGGCUGGAAAUCUAGUUUCUCUCAUUUCAUCUGGACUAGUAGCAACACUCUUGUCACUUGCGGCACCGGACGACUUUGACUUUACCGUCACACGAAACCUCGAACAACUAACGGAUGACGAAGUAGCUGGCAACACCGUACCAUUGGAUCCAAAAGAAACCGAUCCAGUUCGAUUAAAGAAAGCAACUCGAUUUGCCGUUUGGAGUUCAGUUAUCUUAACUAUUGUGUUGAUUAUUAUCUGGCCAUUACCAAUGUACUUCUCGUCUUACGUCUUUUCGAAACCAUUUUUCACAUUUUGGGUUGCGUUGAGUAUUAUUUGGGCUAUUUGUUCGACGAUUGCUGUUGCUUUAUAUCCGCUUUGGGAAUCGAAAGAUAAUAUCAGCAAUGUGUUUAAAGGAUUGCUUGGAGAUAUUAGCGGUAACCCAUCAAUGGUCACUUCUAUACAAGAAGCCAGCAACAAGGCAAAUCUAUCCGAGAAAGCCAGCGACAAGGCAAAUCAAACCGAGAAAGUGUAA